CCAGACAAAAAUCCAGAUAACCCCAGAGCAGCUGAACUCUUCCACCAGCUGUCCCAGGCCUUGGAGGUACUGACUGAUGCUGCAGCCAGGGCUGCCUAUGACAAGGAGAGGAAAGCCAGGAAGCAGGCCGCAGAGAGGACCCAGAGACUUGACGAGAACAGGAAGAAACUGAAGCUCGACCUGGAGGCCAGGGAGUGGCAGGCCCAGGCCCAGGGUACUGAGGAAGAGGAGGAGAGCAGGAACACCACCACACUAGAGUAGGAGUUUGCUCCAUUACGAUAAGAGGGUUCCCGUCAGUUGGAAGAGCAGCAAAGGCUGAUCCAGGAGCAGAUCCACCAGGACCGAGAACAGAGGCUGAGAGGAAGAACAGAAAAUAGAGAAGGCAAAGGAACCCCCAAAGUAAAGCUUAAGUGGAUGUGCAAGAAGGAGGAUGAGUCCCAAGGGGGCUACUCCAGAGAUAUCCUCCUGAGGCUUUUACAUAUGUAUGGAGAGGUUCUCAACUUGGUACUUUCCAGAAAGAAGGCAGUCAAUGCCAUGGUGAGCUCAACCACUCUAUGUAAUGAGGAGAAAUACAUGCAGUAUCUUUACUGA